UAGGCAGUGCGAUUAUCUUGGCUGACAGCAUAAAUGACAGGGAAGAAAAUUGUUUUUUCACCUUAGAAAUAGUCCCCGAAUAAUCAGAGCAAAACUUUCACCGUUUUUCUAAGCGAGUUCAACGGGUAUUCGGUGGACAAUUGGUGCACAAAGGUGAUAACAAUUCAUAAGUCCUGAACAGUAAGAUAAAUUGGCAGAAUGGCCCAUCACAAGUCCCUUUCCGUGAAACUGAAGCUCCCGAAUCGCGUCCAGCCUGAGUUUAUUCCUCAACCCGGAAGAGAAGGCCAGUAUACCAAUAAGAUGCACUUCCUUAAGAGGCAUUUACUGGACGAGGUCAGCAAGAAGAAGUUUGCACUGGACUUUUUGGAACCAGUGGACACGGAGGCUCUGAAGGUGCCCACGUACUACACGGUUAUUGAUCGCCCCAUGGAUUUGGGAACCAUCCUGAAAAGGGUGCAGAACAAUUACUACAAGUCCGUAGAUGGGGUCAUCGCAGAUUUCCGCCUUAUCAUCCGCAACUGCUUCAAGUUCAACCAACCGGGCGACGUGGUUUUUCGCAAGGGUCAGAUGCUGGAGAAGUUCUUUAUGAAGAAGGUCAAGGCCAUUCCCCAGGGUCCGGAGAUGCCCUGCAACAAGGAUCCCUUGGCGGGGGGCCGAUCCAGAGGUAAUACCAAAAUGUUGGCCAAUACCGCCCAAACGGAGCGCAUGUGCCGUGAUCAAUUGAAAAAGUUGCAGCAUUUCACCAAUCAAGCGGAUGCCACGGCCCGUAACUUCUUCACUGGCAAGUGGGAUUCGUUGCUCAAGAAGCUGGACAAGCACUACUUCAAGUCCUUCGGUGAGUUUCGCUCACAUGUGGAUGGCAUCUUCCAGAAGUACCAUGAUCCGGCCAAGGCUAUCUUCGAAAAAGCCUUUCUUAAGCCAGAACCCUGGACCGCUGCCAUGAUUUCAGGUCCCAAUAUGUUGGGCAGUGCUGUGUUGGCUGAUGCUGAUCUAAAUGAGCUACUGCAAGCCGCUAAACUGGCUGAGGAUGCCUUGGGGCAGUCCCUCCAGAUGCAGGGUUCCUGGGAAGGAUCGAGGACCAGGAAUGUGGUGGAGGCCCUAUGUGCCAGUGUAAGCAAGGUGAAACUAAAACUGGAGGCAUCCAGACCAAACCCUCUAGAGGAAUCAUCAGGCAAUCAACAAGGGCUGAGCCCCAGUCAGAAGGAUGAACUAGUCCCAAGAGAACUCAAGCCAGCUCGGGACCUGCUCAACAGCAGCGAAGUGGACACUUUCAUGGCAGUGAGCUUCGAGUCCUCGGAUGAAGAGUGUAACGAAGCCCCAACAGAAUUGGACUAUGAGACUGCAGUAACUACCAUCCAAAAACUAUUCGCAAAACUUCCAUCCUCAGAAAUGAGGGAGAUUAUCCACUUGAUCCAACAAAUCGAAGGAAUAUCCGAUGAGGGAGCCGCCGAUUUCGGCUUAGAUAUGUCGGGCUUCGCACCGGGCACUUUGUACCUGGUGAAACAAAUCGUGGCCAAGGCGGUGAGGGUCAAUAGUAAGCUGAAUCUCAAGGACAUGCCGUCUUCGGAAAAGGAUUGCCUGGAGCGCUCGCUGCAAAAUCAGCUUGUGGAUAUUACCCGGGUGCUGAACAAAAAUCGGCGCCGAAAUUCCAGUUCUUUGCUUAACCUCAGGGCCAAACAAAAUUACAACGUCGUUCGAAAGGGAUCAAGUUGCUCUCUGGCCGCCAAAAUGAAGACACCACCGGGAAAACUUGGUGCUAGAAAUCCUGGUGCUGGAAAACCUGCUGCUGGAAAACCUGGUGCUGGAAAACCUGGUGCUGGAAAACCAGGUGCUGGAAAACCAGGUGGUGGAAAGUUCGGAAUGGGUAAUGGAGUGGGUGUCGGUGAGAGUCGCAAUCUAAGUGACACCAGCGAUGACUCCGCUCCACCUAGUCCGCAGCGGAACAUCCAGAAGCGGAGGACUCCCCCGCCGAAUAUGUCCUUUGGCUCGUCUAUGUCCUUGGUUAGUAACGACCUGCGGAUGAGCAGCAGCAACAUUUCCCAGCAGGGAUCCGUGUUGAGCAGCAGCUCCAGUCCCAGCUCGAACUCCGGUUCAGGUUCUAGCUCCGGUUCCGGUUCGGGCAGCAGCUCCAGUUCCAGCAGCGAUUCCUCGGAAUCUGAGGACGAAGGACAUGCUGUUACCAGACGCGUAUCGGCUCUGUUCUAACUCUUUCACAAUAUGUAAAACACUGCUUGCAUUUUUCCA